AUGUCUCUACGUAUAUUUGGUGUUGGUCUUGGUGUUAUUGUCAUGAUGCUUAUAUGGAUUUUUAGUAUUGCUAUAUGUAUUAUGUGUAUACGGAUACGAAGAACAGUUAUAGCGAUCACUGCUUUGGUUAUUGAAGUUUUCAUUACACUAAUCAUAAUAUCUUGGCCUUUGGCUGCACCGACAACGAUUUCUGAAAAAGUUGAGGUCUCCAUUGGUAUUCCAAUGGAGACAGUAGAUUACAUUGGUAUUCCACGCUUCAUUUUGGUUAUUGUAGAGGCCAUUAAUGGGAUGAUAAAAAAAACUAAUGGAAUGGUAUUAGCUAAUUUUACUCCGAAAAAAACUGCUUUGUCUGCUGCUCAGAAUGUUGUUUAUUUUCUGAUUGGUUUCUUAAAUUUGCAUAAGCUUGUUCCAGACAAUAUCAGGAUAAAGUCGCUAGCUGUGAUGUUGAAUGAUCUAUUAGUUUGUGUACCGAAUGAUACCGCUCGUACAAAGCAUGUUGACUUAUCUGGCAGUGGUACUUUACGUUGUAGUGAUUGUUGUCCAUCAAGUUGUCCUUUAUUACCAGAUUGA